AAAUGGUGGUAGAGAUGCGCUUGCGAUGGCUUUCGAAUCGAUCAACUCCAAGCUAUAAAAAUAUUCUUCCUAAUUAUAAAUUAUCCAUUUGAAGUGUAUAAUCUGCCAAAGAAUUUUUCCUCUUAUUUUGUGUGACGUAUGUUUUUAAGUCAAAAAUGUUCAGCGUCAUACGAUUAUUCGUCAACUGUAAUGUUAGCUGACAGAGGAGAUAUGGAGAGAGGAGUUUUCUAAGGUUUCUCAUGAAUAAUCGGCAAUUGAUGCACGAAUUACUGCAUGGGGAUCGAUACGGACUCGGAAAAGGUUUCCUUUUGCAUCACCCUCAUAAAUUCACAUUAUUUCUGCAAGAAUGGAGCCGGAUUCGAAAAUUCCUCUUCCUUUAGACCCUAUAAAAUCCAAUAAGGUAGAGGAUAGAAGAUUGUGGGUUGGAAAUCUGGAUUUGAGAAUUAAUGAGUACCAACUCCUGAAACUCCUUCAAAAACAUGGAACCAUCGAAAAGUUUGACCUGCUGUUCCACCGGUCUGGCCCACAAGCUGGACAACCUCGAGGUUAUGCCUUCGUUACCUACAAAACGGGCGAAGAUGCAGAAGCUGCGAUGGACGCACUUCACAAUCUCAGAAUUGGAGCGAAAAAUAUCGUAGUCAGAUGGGCUCACAGCGUCAACGAGAACGACAUGGACAGGGCUAAACCAAAGAUUGAAAUACCAGCUUUAGCCGGUGCGAAGAAGGAAGAAAAAAAGAUAAGUCGUGAAACGGCUAUUCAAGCAAUCGAGGCAAAGCUGAAAAUGAUGCGAGAGUCCGAAGAAGAAUUCGAGCUUAAUAAACCGCUCGUAGGAACCUCAGUUUUGCAGCAAUACAUGAGGCAAGAUCAUCAAAAACCGUCCACCUCAGCGCGAUUUCGCAGCAAUUAUGGGAGUCACUACCAAAAUAAAAAACCGUACACUCGAUCCAAGCCCAGAAGAUAAUUCCCAGCGGAUAUCAAAAUCUGAAAUUCGUUCAGUUAGCACAUAAUUGACUGACCAAUAAUCUCCAUUCAAUCCUAUACUCAUUAUUAUUAUUAAUAAUAUUUAUUUUCCGUCUUCGAUACAUCAUUCUAGUUGUACAUAGCGAAUCGGAAUUUCGCCUACAUACUCUAUUUUAAACCUAUACGCUAGUUGUAAGAGACUGAGUGCGCUACUAAUUUAUAGAUUAAUUUGGAAUAUGUGUAGAGCGGCAGUGCUUCAGACUUCCGCAGAAAGCCAAAAAAUGAUGAUUCCUGUUUAGGUGCAAUGCUAAUGUUGCCACCAAAGAUAAUGCAAGUACCUUUUAAGUUCACUUGCGUGCCCUUCGACUCUAGUGCGAUAUUUUCCCCCGUAUUUUUGGUAUAAAAUUAUACUUAUAUUUUUAUCGUAAUAAAUGCGAAUGCAUCACUGUGCGUCGCUUCCUUUUUCUA